AUGACUAACAGUUUUGGAGAUAUAGAUAUGCUGGUUCAUGUAGGCUUAAAGGUCAAAAGUGCCAUUUCUGAUCACUUUUGGACAAAAUGCUACAUUAGAACAAAUAGCAACAUAUACUGGAAUCAGCGACGACUGCUCCGAAAGCAGUACGACAGAUUACAAAACGAGGGUCCGCCACCAAUUGACGGCGUACAGGUUCGAUAUGACGCAUUCGUCUCCUACAACAGCAAAGACGUUGAUUGGGUACUCAAAUCAGCCCUGCCGACACUGGAAGGUCCCGAGUUCAAUUUUCGUCUUUGCGUUGACUUCCGGGAUUUUGUAGUUGGCGGAGCAAUCGCUGACAAUAUUUCUGAUGCUAUUAAGUAUAGUCGUAAAAUGCUGAUAGUUGUCACCAAGAACUUUGCUAAGAGUGAAUGGUGUUACUUUGAAAUGGAAAUGGCAAGGACCCGUAUGUUUGACAAUUACGAGGACAUUUUUGUGGCUGUAAUUUUACAGCAUGUGGCGAGUAGAAAUAUGCCAACAUUACUUCAGAGGAUCUUGAGAAAGAAGACCUACAUCGAAUGGACUGAAAAUCCAGAUGGUCAGAAGGUGUUUUGGACACGUUUGGCAGCUGCUUUAAAUACCCCAAAUGCUCAUCAUGAUCGUCUUAUUAAGUAA